AGAGAGAGAGAGAGAGAGAGAGAGUCUCCCAAUGUUGUUCGUGAUCUGAUAAGAUUUUAUACUAUCUUUGGACGACUGAUAACUAUUCUUAUUGAUGACGGAUAUCACUCUAAGCCUUGCAGCCACGGCGUUGAGAAGUGACAGAGCAAGAAGCUAAGACACCACAACCACCGCCGCCACCCAGCAAGUAACGCCACUGCUUAUCCCUGUUCCUGCCGCCACCACCAUGUCCCAGGACGUGUACGCGAUGGAGACUCAAGUUGAUGAAUUUGCCUUCUCAGAGAAAAGUGUGAGGCGCGGCUUCAUAAGGAAAGUAUAUGCCGUGCUCUCGACUCAGCUGGUCAUCACUUUUAGCAUCGUGGCUGUAUUCGUGCUGGUGCCGGAGGUACAGACAUUCGCAGUGGAAAAUAUGGUAGUCUUCUGGGUUGCCAUCGGGAUUACCUUAGCAAUAGUGAUAGCACUUAGCUGCGGCGGGAACCUCAGGAGGAAGACGCCCCACAACUACAUCGCGUUGUUCCUGUUCACACUGUGCGAGGGUUACCUAAUUGGAAGUGCAGCUGCUACAUUUGAAGCAAAGGACGUACUGACUGCUGUUGGCGCCACCAUCGUGGUAACCAUAGGACUCACCCUCUUCGCCUUCCAGACCAAAUGGGACUUCACGCUGCUGAAUGGCAUGCUGUACACCACGCUCCUCAUGCUCAUCUUUUUCGGUAUUAUGGCGGCGAUCAUGCAGAGUCGUGUGCUCUAUACACUCUAUGCAUGCAUCGGUGCGCUGUUGUUUUGCUUCUACAUCGUAUUCGACACGCAACUCAUGCUCGGAGGCAACCACAAGUUAACUAUCUCUCCCGAGGAGUACAUCUUUGCAGCUCUCAACCUUUACCUGGACGUGGUCAACCUCUUCAUGUACCUGUUGCUCAUCUUCGGCGGAGGAAGGGACUAAGAGCUUUAAGAGCCGUAUGUACUACUUGGCGUCCUUUGUCAGAAACACAGCAUUUUGAGACACUUUGUACACACAAAGGUAGUUAUUCGAGUUCUUAGGAUGCUUGAGCCGUGUUGGUUUAUAUCACCAGAAAUAUAUGAAUGAAAAUAGUGAUCUUCAGUAAAACCUGUAGAAUAUUUGACAAGAUAGGGCGGUACUUAAAACACGUGAGAAUGCUGAUUUAGUGUUGUGAAAGAUUCAGUUUAUUGGCCCACUAUCGCUGUAGACGCUACAUAGUGCAUAGGUAAUUUACGUAGUAGACUAUGUACUUGUAUCCUACUUCAUGUUACUUUCCCACUAUCACGGUUAACUGAGAGUGUUAUGAUGGAUGCCUUGCUUGAUCUCCGCUUUAUUGAGAUUAUUGCCAUUUGUAACCUGCUGUUAUUUUUAAGUGUGUGUGUGUGUAAGACUGAUUCAAGUUCGUAUUGUUUAUCCAUUUCUGCUGCAUUUAUACAAUGAAUGACAUUCUUGUAUAUUGUUUACACAAGUCACUUUCCUUGGCAUUCAGUUGUUUAAUCUAGUAUUGAUUAAAUUGAAAAAAUAAAUAAAUAAAUGAAAGGAAAGAAA